GCACCCCCCCCGCCAUGGCGGCGCACCCCGGAUGUUGGCCCUUCUCCCUGCGCGCGGGCGCCGACCUCCCGCCUGUUUUGUCGGUGUUUGGUUUUGCUUGGUUUUCCCCUGAGCUGUCCCUCCGCCUGCAGGCCGCAGGUGAGAGGUGGUUCCGUGCCCCUCCGACCCCAGGGUAGGUGCGGAUGGCAGUGAAGGCCUCCCGCCUUCCCUGCCCAGCUCUAGCCCUAGGCUCCCCUCCCCCGGUGUUCUGUCCCCCAACUCCUUCCUCUGGGCAGCAGAGAGUAGCACCAGCGCUUGUUCGCGUGGCCUUGAGUUGUCAGUUCUCACUUCAAACCCCCAAGGUUAGGACGCUUCCGAAAGUGUUGCAGAGCAUCAUUUCAUGUCGUGUUUGCCUGUCUGCUCUCUGUGGGUCAGGCUGGCCUAGAACCCGCUGUGUCGGCCCGGUAGGCUUGAACUGGCAGCAGUCUUCCCGCACCAACCUGCGGGCUAGCUCUCAGGUUACAGGUGCGAGCCAGCAUACCUAGCUCAGGAGGACUUAAUUGCUGAAGGAAGUGCGUGGUCCUCAAAGCUGGAACACAGUGGUUCAGCCACCUAUACCACUGCACCUACCUGCGGGUCAUUGCUGAGAGACCAUGGGUGCACAGCUCCUGCUUCAGACACUUGUCAGCCCCUCCCAGAUUGUGACUGUGACUUCUGCUGCUUGCUGAUAAGUUUCUCAAGGGCAGUGGCUGAGACAUCGUUGGGGCCCCUGGAGAGAAGCACUUGCCGCUCAUGCCAUGAAACCAGCAUUAACCUGAAGCCUGGGCACCCUGUUUGAGGGGCGCUCUGCCAUCUGUGUGGGGAAGGCCAAGGGCUCAGCCACGCUCCACAGCCCAGGGCACCCUUGCCACUCACCUCCCUUACAGAGAAGCUCCCUGAGUGUGCCAGAGCUCCAAGGGGAAGCUGAGGCAAGACACCGCUACAGGUGGAGGGCAGAACUGAAAAGGGACACGGCUUGAGCCUGAGCUAGGGAAGAGGAAACCCAGAGAGGAACGUGGUGCUGGAAGGAGAAGGGCCCAACCGAGCCCACAACCUCCCUCCCCAUGGCCUCCAGGAAGGCUGCGGCAAAGGGCCAAGGGGGGAAGCGGAAGCGGGUGGUGCUGACGCUGAGGGAAAAGAUCGACAUCUGCAUGCGGCUGGAGCGCGGGGAGAGCAGGAAGACACUGAUGCAGGAGUACAACGUGGGCAUGUCCACCCUGUACGACAUCAAGGCACACAAGGCCCAGCUGCUGCGGUUCUUUGCCAGCUCGGACUCGCGCCAGGCCCUGGAGCAGCGGCGCACUCUGCACACGCCCAAGCUGGAGCACCUGGACCGGCUGCUCUACGAGUGGUUCCUGGUCAAGCGUGCCGAAGGCGUCCCCGUGUCAGGCCCCAUGCUCAUCGAGAAGGCCAAGGACUUCUACGAGCAGAUGCGGCUGACGGAGCCCUGCGUGUUCUCCGGAGGGUGGCUUUGGCGCUUCAAGGCCAGGCACGGGAUUAAAAAGUUAGAGGCGUCUAGUGACAAGCAGGUGGCAGACCACCAAGCUGCUGAGCAGUUCUGUGGCUUUUUCAGAAGUUUGGCCGCCGAGCACGGACUGUCCCCUGAGCAGGUGUACAGCGCCGAUGAGACUGGCCUUUUCUGGCGGUGCUUGCCGAAUCCCAGCCCGGACAGUGGAGCCAUGCCCAGCGUCAAGCAGGGCAAAGACAGGCUGACUGUCUUGAUGUGUGCCAAUGCCACAGGCUCUCACAGAAUCAAACCAUUGGCCAUCGGAAAGGAUGGUGGCCCCAGGGCCUUCAGAGGCAUCCAGAACCUGCCCGUCGCCUAUAAGGCCCAGGGUAAUGCCUGGGUAGACAAGGAGAUUUUCUCACACUGGUUCCAUCACAUCUUUGUCCCCUCAGUGAGAGAACACUUUAGAACCAUAGGUUUGCCCGAAGACAGCAAGGCCAUUCUCUUGCUGGACCACUCCCGGGCUCACCCACAGGACUCCGAGUUGGUGUCGGAUAAUGUCUUCACCAUCUUCCUGCCUGCCAGCGUGGCCUCCUUACUGCAGCCCAUGGAGCAGGGCAUUCGCAGAGCCUUCAUGAGGCUCUUCGUCAACCCUCCCGUCGCCCUGCAGGCCUGCUCCACGCGCCUUGGCAUGAAUGACGCCGUCGUCAAUGUGGCGUGCGCGUGGAAUGCUGUGCCCAGCCAGGUCUUCCGGCGGGCCUGGAGGAAGCUGUGGCCCACAGUCACGUUCACUGAAGGCUCCUCCUCAGACGGGGAGGCUGAGCACUGCAGCCCCCAGGCUCACGGUGAGACCUUGGCCCACAUCCUUGAGCUUGUGAGGGAAGGGCCAUCUUGCCCCAGCAGCAGACUCCAGAGCAGCCCGGCUGAAGAGCAGGCUGUGGCAGGGAGGGCGUUGGAUGUCACCGGCGUGGUGGCGCCAGCCCAGACAGUCGGGCGUUCGGAAAAGGCGGAGGAAGACCCCGGCGAGGACGAGGAGGCCGCCUGGGAGCGGGCGGCUGCGGCCUUCGAGGCGGUCCUGCACUUUGCGGAGCAGCAGCCGUGCUUCACCGCCCGGGAGGUGGGGCAGCUGCGGGCGCUGCACACGGUGUUCCAGAGACGGCAGCGGCUGCGGCUGCGGCGCGUGGCGCUCAGGGCUGCGGUCAAACUCGAGGCCCGCCAAGAGCGCCCCGAGGGGUGUGUGCUCACAGCCCGCUCUGUCUUGCCCUGCUCAUCCACGGCCGGUGACAACUGAGUGCCGCGUGCAGCCAGUACGUGCACUCUGCUCCACCGCGUGCACGCUCACACUGUCGGGGUGACACUCAGUCACGCAGAAGGGCCCGGUCCCAUGUUCAGGCUGGUUGAGGUUUUCUUGUAUCCCCUGCCACAGAUGCCUGAUUAUCUGAAUGCAGGAGACCAACACCCUGUCCCAAGCUCACUCCGGCCUCCUCGAGCUGCAUCCGGGGCUGGCGGGCCCAUUCUGCCUUGCACAUUGGCUGGCCAAGCGAUGCUAUUGGGUUGAGGUGUGUCUGUCCAUAAGAAUUGCCCUGCUGGCUGUCCUCAGAAAGGCUCAGUCUGUCAGACUGAUGACCCCAAGCCCAGUCCUAGGGGCAUUGGCUGUGGGCUGCAACUCAGCUUAUGGCCUCAGUCCUUGUGUCCCUCCUAGGGACCAUGCUGUCCUGGUAGCGUGUGUUCACCCCAGACAGGAGUAGCCAUGCUCAGCAGCAGGCCUCUGCAGUGUCCCUCUCAACAGCAGGCUCCCCCUUUUGAGUCUGGAUCCCAUGGUGUCGGAGUUGAUGGGAUGAGAGCUGGCGCCGCCUGGUCGCGGUCACCCUGGGGACUGCAGGCACCACAUGUUAGUCUGAGCACUUGGCUCAGAGGCCAGUACACAUCCCAGAACGUCACAGCUCUAACUUGUAUGUGAACAGUCCUUGCACAGGCACGUGGAAGUUAGUCUGAGAUUUGCACCAGUCCCAGAGCCCUGACUCAGGGUUUGAGCUCUGCGCUGGCUGGCUUCCCUGAGGCCAGCCAUCAGAGGCUGUGACUGUUUUCUCCUGCCCUUGUAGUCGAUUCACAGCUUCCUAUCUUGGUAGCACCAUGGCCACUGUGACUCCCUUUGUGGGUAGCGAUUAGUUCUCAUUGUACAUGAGGCAACUGUAUUUUUCUAUGUUCUUUCACGGCUUUGCCCUUGACCUUGCAUCUGAAUUAGCACAUAGUUCCUUCCCGUGUUAUCACCUUCACUGAGGCUAUUGCCCCAGAGCCCCUGAGAGCCAAGGAGUUUGGGAGACAGUUGGUCUAUGUUUCUGCAUCUGUCUAAGCAUUGUGGAGGUCACUGCCAUCCUGUCUCUAGUCAUGGGGGGGCAUCUUGAUUUGUGUGUGUGUGAACAUUGUAACAACGGAUGGUUGUCGAA